CCAUUUUUGUAAGUCAUAUCUCAUUUUUAGAUCGAGUUGGCGCAUUAUGAACAGAUACCUAGACUUCGGAGGUUUGACGACAUAUUUCAAUGGUUUCAGAAAUUGGAGGGCUUUCCUAAAUUGUGCAGUGUUGCUAAAAUUCUUCAUAGCAUUCCAGCCACUAGUGUGUCAUCAGAGAGAUUAUUUUCAACAGCGACUCGUCUUUAUGCAGAUAAAUGUCGUAGUAGGUUAUCUGCUGAAAGGGCGGAACAAAUUUUGCUAAUAAAAUCAUCACUAAAGAAUUUGAAAUUAGCACCAGAGGUUGAUAUUUCGAUUAGUGAUGAAGAUGAUGAAA